UAGAUGAAACAGUCAGGUACACCUUGGAUACCUCACCUCAGACAGCCCUGCACCGCUCAUCAGGAGUCUACGCCAACGUCAGAGCCAAGAUGGGGCGGAAGGAGAUCAUUUGCAGCUGGAAGAAAAGCACCAGUAAUAUCAAGGAAGUGUUUGACUUCAUAGGAAAAAUGGGAUCGGGGUCAUUUUCAGAGGUUUUUAUGGUGCGAGAGAAGAAAACGGGACAACUGUACGCUUUGAAAUGUCUAAGGAAGAAACACCUUGCUCAUAGCAACCUCGAAAAUGAAAUCAAUGUACUGAGAAGGAUACAGCAUGAGAACGUAGUGGGGCUGGAGGAUUUCUAUGAGAGUCGGACACACUAUUACCUGGUCAUGCAGCUGGUCUCAGGCGGGGAGCUGUUUGAUCGCAUUUUAGACAAGGGGGUUUACACCGAGAAGGACGCCAGCACGGUGAUUCAACAGGUGCUGCAGGCUGUCAGUUACCUGCACGAAAACAGCAUUGUACACAGGGACCUUAAACCUGAGAACCUGCUGUACUAUAAUACAGAGGAGAAUGCUAAAAUCAUGGUCAGUGACUUUGGUCUGUCUAAGACAGUGGAGCAUGGUAUGAUGUCCACAGCCUGCGGUACACCGGGAUAUGUUGCGCCUGAGGUGUUGGCCCAGAAACCCUACAGCAAAGCAGUGGACUGCUGGUCCAUAGGAGUCAUCACUUACAUCCUGCUGUGUGGCUACCCUCCAUUCUUUGAAAAGAACGAGACCCGUCUGUUUUCAAAGAUCAUGAGAGGGGAGUACGCCUUCCAUUCGCCUUUCUGGGACGACAUCUCUGAGUCUGCCAAAGACUUCAUCAGGAAUAUGAUGGAGAAAACCCCCGCAAAACGCUUCCUCACCGAGCAGGCUCUCAUGCACCCAUGGAUUGCUGGAAACGCAGCUAAAGACCUGGACAUUUAUCCGUCUGUCUGUGAACAGAUGGAGAAGAACUUUGCCAAAUCCAAGUGGAAACAAGCCUUCAACGCAGCUUCAGUAGUCCACCACAUGACGAAACUGCAGUCAUCCCUCAGUGAAACCUCAAACCUCUGCAUACCCGACAUCAUGGUACAGUCCACCUCCCAGCAUGACCCCGAGGUGCUGGGACCCUGCCAAGAUGAGGCCGAUGCCCUCGACCCAAACGGGAAUCCCGUUCUUGCGGCCGAUCAUCUAUCCCGCAGCAAUCCUGAGUUGGACAGAGGUCUCUGUCCACCACCGAGAGACAGUCAACGUGAGCCGGGCAACACUCCAUCAACAGAAUCAACAGAGGUCGCUAAAUUUAUUUCAGAGAUCGAUGCUCCGUUCAGGCCGUCCAAGAGCCUGGACGCUGUGUCUCAGAGGAAGGACAAGACAUUUCAGAGUGGAGUGUGUUCUGUCAUGUGAUUGGCUGGCUAACCUGAGAUGAAUCUCAUGCAGUUUGUCUCUUGAGUUGUCGGCACUCGGAAGCAUCCCCCCGGAUGUAAAGGUGUUGACACAUCUGCUGCUCGGCUUUGUCACGUCUGCUGUCGGGACACAUGUUCCAUUAACACAGUAUCUGCACUAUAAAAAAACACUUUAUCUGUUUAUAUGUAAAUUACGAUGCAUUAAAACAGACACAAGCAGGAAAUCGUCAUUUCCAACGCAUCCAAAUUGUGUUAUACUGACAUUUAUUCUCUCAAAACUAUUAUUAUGUAUUGCAUGUUACUGUCAACAUAAAUUCCAUUGAAAUGUAUUUGUUUUGAAUAGAUUUUGGUCACAUACAGUACGCAAUGUGAAAGCUAAUGCUGACUUGGGGGUCUGAUUUGCCCCUUCUCGACAAAGUGUUCCCAUUUUCCUAUAGCGUGAGGCGUUUACACA